AUGCGUGGGCUUACGCAAUAUAUCUCUGAGCUGCGGGCGUGUGGUGCGCGAGAUAUUGAAGAGAGGAGAGGCUACCUUGCGCUUACGCUGUUGAUGAAUGAAUACCCCGAUAUUGUGCGCCUGGCAACAGUUUCCAUCAAAAAGGAUCUUGCGGACAUGAGUGAAGUAAAUACAUGCCUUGCGUUGCAUGUGGUGGCCAAUAUUGCGAGUGAAGAGAUGGUCGAGGCACUCUCUGAGCAUGUGUUGGUACUGCUUGUAUCACGCACUUCUCCCGUCUGUGUACAGAAAAAGGCGGCAUUAGCACUGCUCCGGCUGCAUCAAAAAGGGCCACUGCCAGUCAAUGUUGCCGAAUGGAGUGCGCGCUUGAGCGAUUUGAUACGAGUGACGCAUUUAGGAGUGGCGCAGUGUGUCACUACGCUGCUCAUUGAGCUAGUCAAGAAUACUCCAGACGCAUAUAUGGAUUGCUACUAUGCUGCUGUGGACCAAAUGUACAGCAUUGUGAUUGAGGAUGAUUACAAGGAGAUUUAUUUGUACCACGACAUCCCAGUGCCAUGGCUGCAAGUGAACUUGCUCCGACUCUUGCAGUUGUACGAACCGACACGCGAGAAAUCAGCUAUAUCUAAGUUGUACAAAGUACUGGACGCAAUUUUCGCAUUGGCACAAAGAAACAGCGCGCUUGUCCCGCAGAGAAGCGCAGCCUAUGCCGUGCUUUUUGAAGCAAUCCGCCUUGCAAUGCACUUGAAUCCUGCAUCUACCACCACGGCGCGAUCAACAGCGCUUCUCGGGAAGCUCAUUCAUUCGCGUGAAACGAAUGUGCGGUACUUGAGUUUGAAGACGCUGACCGACUUGGCGCGCUGCACCGAGAAUCUCACGCCGUUGCAAAUGUAUCGCGACUCUAUUUUUGCGGCGCUUUCGGACCGUGAUAUAAGUGUGCGACGCCGAGCACUCGAUCUGCUGUAUACUAUGACAGAUGCGCACUUAGCACAAGAUAUGGUGCUGGAUUUGUUUGAAUGUUUGCCCGCGGCGGAGCCGGCGAUGCGCGAAGAAAUUGCACUGAAAAUUUCUUUGUUGGCAGAGCGGUUUGCUGUAGAGAAGAACUGGUACAUUGAUACAAUGCUCUACUUGUUCAACUCUUUUGGCGACAACGUUGGCGAGCUGGUUUGGUAUAAUUUCUUGACCUAUGUAAUGGCACAGCCUACCAUCCAACACCACACUAUUGAGAAAGUGUUUGAAUAUUUGGUGCAGGAUUCGUGCCAUGAGCUGCUGGUAAAGGUAGGCAGUUAUUUGGUGGGUGAACUAAGCAACUUGAUUGUCGAUGAAGAUGGCGCAUCUCCCCACGAGCAACUCGAUGUUUUGCACGCCCGCGCUGAGUUGUGCUCUCCUUCCACGCGCUCCUUUUUGUUAGCGACCUACUUGAAACUGGUCAACUUGUACCCUUUGCUUUCAGACCGUGUGUUGGAGCUCAUGCGUCCAUGCCAAUACGUUUCGAACACGGAACUAAAGCAGCGCGCUUGCGAAUACGUGGCACUGUUGGAGAAAAAGGACAGCACAUUUUUGGACUCUGCAUGCAGGCAAAUGACCGUAUUGGCAUAUGGAUUGAUGCCAGGACCAGAUCCGGUGCAGCGUUAUGAUGUGGACGAGUUGUGUGACACAUCCAAGGAUUCGCCUGAGAAAGAUUUGCCCGAUAUGAGUGACAUUAGCAUCCGACGCUCGCUUCCGGACAUGAAAGCCACGUUUCGGGAUCAUGGCAAUCUUACACCGUCGCGUCCCUUCUCUGCUGUGAUCGAACAUCGAAAUACACUUCAUCUUUUUUCCUCGCCGCCCAAGCCCGAGGACCAGUCUGUUUCAACGCCUGCAAGGACCUCGUCGCCUGCGUUCGACACUGUCACCAAACCUGUACAUGUUCCCAACACGCCCAACACAGGUGUACUGUACCGACGCAACAAUAUAAGCGUCUCGUUUUCGCGUGUCCACUCCCUCGUUGUGCUGCACUUUGAGAUGCUAGCAGUCGUGGACGGCACGGUUCAUACAGUGACGUUGCAAGGACCCAACGAUCAAGACACCACGCCCGGUGCAACGGUUCACGCCCCUUUUCCAGUGCGCUUGAGCCGGGGAAAACCAGCGCAAGUGACCAUCCAAAUGGGGCCCGAAAUGUGUGCAAACACGCUUCUCAUCUCCAUGACGAUAGACAGCGAGUUGCACUCUUUGCGCAUCCCGCUUCCUGUGAUGAUCAUGCAAGAAGUGAAACCGGUAACGCUGAAUACGCCAGAAUUUUUCCAGCGUUGGAAAGCGAUUGGGUCCAACGCAGGAUUGGAAGUGCAAAGCGUUUUUCCCAUUCCGCGGUACAUGGACCGCACAUCACAGGCACACUUUAUGGAAUUGCUCAAGCAUCUGGGUUUUGGAAUUUUGCACAGUGUAGACCCAUGGCCGGAAAAUAUCGUCGCAGCAGGCGUGUAUUCAACACAGGCAGAUGGCCCAGUCGGCUGUCUGCUGCGCUUGGAGCCGAAUGCUGAACUCAAGCUUGCACGCUUGACGGUCCGUACCACCACUGCGCGCAUCUCCCAGACACUCUCGUGUGUGAUAAAGACACAGCUCUCAGAAACAUAA